GGGGUAGCGAGAGAGAAGUGGGAGAGAGAGAGAGAGAAGGAGGAUGGAGAGAAGAAGAGAGAAGUGGGAGCGUGGAGUCACAGUCCUCCUAGUUUUACAACAUGGAGCAGCAGGAGUGAGACUGAUCUCUGAUGCUGCUGGAAGCAAACAUGAAACAUGGCUCUCCUGAGAAAAAUUAAUCAUGUCCUCCUGGUGCUGGUCGUACUGAUGUUGUGUCUGCUCCUGCACAACACACUGUUCAGAGCCUCCACUCCGCCCAAGCUCCCAGAUCACUGGAGGGGCCGUGGAAGCGCUGCGAGAGUUCCUGCACUGAAAGUACCAGAGGCAGAUAAUGUCGUCCCUGUAGUCAUCUGUUCAUCAGAGGAGCGGAUGGGUGGAACCAUGGCCACCAUCAACAGCGUCUACAGCAACACGGACGCCAGCGUUUUCUUCUAUAUUGUUACUUUCCGGGAUGGUGUGAAACUGUCAAGGCAGUACAUUGAGAAGACUAAACUGAAAGGCAUCAGGUAUAAGAUACUGGAAUUCAACCCCAUGGUUCUAAGAGGAAAAGUGAAGCCAGAUUCCUCCCGACCUGAACUGUUACACCCACUCAACUUUGUGCGCUUUUACUUACCCCUGCUGGACAUCAACCACAAUAGAGUGAUCUACUUAGAUGAUGAUGUCAUUGUGCAGGGAGACAUCAAGGAUCUGUUCAACAUCAAACUGAAGCCCGGACACGCUGCUGCUUUCGCCACCGACUGCGACCUGCCCUCCACGCAUGAGAUGGUGCGCAGCAUCGGCAUGCAGACAACCUACAUGGGCUUCCUGGACUACAGGAAACAGGAAGUCAAAGACCUGGCCAUCAACCCCAGAGACUGCUCCUUCAACCCCGGAGUGUUCGUCGCGGACAUCAGGGAGUGGAAGAAGCAAAAGAUCACCAAACAGCUGGAGAGAUGGAUGGAAGAGAAUUUCAGGCAGAACAUAUACAGCAGUGCCAUGGCGGGAGGUGUGGCGACCCCACCCAUGCUGAUCGUUUUUCAUGACAAGUUCACCACACUGGAUCCUCUGUGGCACGUCAGGCACCUCGGCUGGAGUCCGGAUGCCCGCUAUUCCGAGAGCUUCCUACAGGAGGCACAUCUGCUGCACUGGAAUGGCCCUUUCAAACCAUGGAAGUAUCCUGCUGUUCACUCGGACCUGUGGGAGAGGUGGUUCAUCCCCGACCCCUCCGGAAGAUUCACCUUGGUACGACCUGAUAGUGAGAGCUGAGGUCUGUGGAACGUACCUUGUCUGAGCCACAGGGGUGCGGGGCAUGAUGCGUGUGAAGUUGACGGCUUCACUGCAGGGAGGUGAAGGGGUAAUAGGAAACAGACAGUGAAUGUAAUGCUGAGGAAUGCUCUUUAAAAUGAAAUUUGCUUGGUUCAACAUUGUAUGAGAAACAGUGUUAAUCAACUGGGUGCCACUGUAUUGCUAAAGGCAAUGUGACUACUCUGGCUUUAAUGGA